AUGACCGACAACCGGAGCAAGUUUGUAAAGUACAUUGAAUCGCACCAGCAAGACCUGAUCAAUAUUUUGGCCGAGGCAAUUGCUAUUCCUAGUGUUUCUGGUGACGCGUCCUACCGCCCCGAGGUGCUGCGCAUGGGCAAGUGGCUCCACGAAAAACUUGGCGCACUUGGCGCACAGACGGAGCUGUUUGAGCUUGGCCGCCAGAACUUGGACGGACAUGAUAUCGAACUCCCCCCCGUGAUUGUGGCCAAGUAUGGAAACGAUCCGGCAAAGAAAACUAUUCUUGUGUACGGUCACUACGAUGUGCAGCCCGCACUCAAAUCCGACGGCUGGGACACGGAGCCAUUCUCGCUGCAUGUGAGCGAGGCUACCGGAAAGCUUGUGGGCCGCGGCGCCACCGACGACAAAGGCCCUGUUCUUGGCUGGUUAAACGUGAUUGAGGCACACAGAGCACUUGGCCUAGAUUUACCAGUCAAUCUCCAGCUUUGUCUAGAGGGUAUGGAAGAGAGUGGUUCUGUCGGGUUGGAUGAAUUUGUUGAGCGCAAUGCCAAGACGUUGUUCAAAGACGUGGAUGCCGUGUGUAUUUCAGACAACUACUGGCUUGGCACAACGAAGCCGUGCAUUACGCACGGACUCCGCGGUGUUGCCUACUUUAAGCUUACCGUGCACGGCCCGGCUGCAGACCUGCACUCAGGCGUGUUUGGUGGCAUGAUCCACGAGCCCAUGACUGAUCUGGUCCACGUAAUGGCUUCCCUUGUCACGCCCGAUGCUAAAAUUGCCAUCCCUGGUAUCUACGACCAGGUUGCGCCGCUCACACCCGAGGAGCGCAAGCGUUUCGAAGUCAUGGAAUUCUCUAUUUCUGAUGUGGACAACUCGACUGGAAGCAAGUCUACGGUGAGUGAGGAUAAGGUGGAGGUGCUUAUGAGCCGCAUGCGCUACCCCAGCUUGAGCCUGCACGGCAUCGAAGGCGCAUUUGCCGAACCCGGUUCCAAGACCGUCAUUCCAGCCAAAGUUACGGGCAAGUUUAGUAUCCGACUUGUGCCCGACAUGGAGCCCGAAACUUGUGUGGAUUGUGUGCGUAAGCACGUCGAGUCCGAAUUUGCCAAAUUACACUCGAAGAACACGAUUAAGCUCGAGCCCGAUCAUCCGGGCAAACCAUGGACCGUGGAUCCAAACCACUGGAACUACGAGGCGGCAACCCGUGCAACCGAGUUGAUUUACGGCGUGAAACCAGACCUCACUCGCGAGGGUGGCUCGAUUCCCAUUACGCUCACGUUUGCCGAUGCGCUCGGAAAAAAUGUGCUGCUUUUGCCCAUGGGCCGCGCAGAUGACGGCGCACACUCUACUAACGAAAAGCUUGACCUGAGCAAUUAUGUUAAAGGCACAGAGCUUUUGGGCACAUACCUGUACGAAGUUGCGUAA